CCUCAGGAGCUCUUCCUGCAGCCUCCGUCAUCCACCAUGUCUCGGCAGUCCACCAUCACUUUCCAGACCGGCGGCCGCAGGGGCUUCAGCACGGCCUCGGCCACCACCCCAGCAGCUGGGCGCUCCCGCUUCAGCUCUGUCUCUGUGGCCCGCUCCACAGGAGGCAGUGGAGGGCUGGGCAGGGUCGGCGGCACUGGUGCUGGCUUUGGAAGCCGCAGCCUCUACAACCUGGGGGGGACCAAGCGGGUCUCCAUUGCUGGGUGUGGCAGCAGCUUUCGAAGCAGCUUUGGUGGCAGGGCAAGCAGUGGGCUUGGGGUCAGCAGUGGAUUUGGCUAUGGGGGUGGAGUUGGAGGGGGGUUUGGGGGCUCUGGCUUCCCCAUGUGCCCCCCUGGAGGCAUCCAAGAAGUUACUGUCAAUCAGAGUCUCCUGACUCCCCUCAACCUGCAAAUUGAUCCCGCCAUCCAGCGGGUGCGGAAAGAGGAGCGGGAGCAGAUCAAGACCCUCAACAACAAGUUCGCCUCCUUCAUUGACAAGGUACGGUUCCUGGAGCAGCAGAACAAGGUCCUGGAGACCAAGUGGAACCUCCUGCAGGAGCAGGGCACCAAGACCGUGAGGCAGAACCUGGAGCCCCUCUUUGACACCUACAUCAGUGACCUCCGACGGCAGCUGGACAGCCUCAGCACUGAGAGGGGCAGGCUCGAAGCUGAGCUGAGGAACAUGCAGGAUGUCGUGGAAGAUUUCAAAGUCAGGUAUGAAGAUGAAAUCAACAAGCGCACGGCUGCUGAGAAUGAGUUUGUGGCCCUGAAAAAGGAUGUGGACUGUGCCUAUAUGAACAAGGUGGAGCUGGAGGCCAAGGUCAACUCUCUGACUGACGAGAUCAACUUCUUCCAGAUGUUCUUUGAGGCAGAGCUGUCCCAGAUGCAGACCCAGGUCAGCGACACAUCUGUGGUCCUCUCCAUGGACAACAACCGCAACCUGGACUUGGACAGCAUCAUCGCUGAGGUCAAGGCGCAGUAUGAGGACAUUGCCAACCGCAGCCGGAGCGAGGCUGAAUCCUGGUACCAGACCAAGUAUGAAGAGCUGCAGGUCACAGCGGGCCGACAUGGCGAUGACCUCCGUAACACGAAACAAGAGAUCUCCGAGAUGAACCGGAUGAUCCAGAGGCUGAGAGCUGAGAUUGACAGCGUCAAGAAGCAGUGCUCCAGCCUGCAAACAGCCAUCGCUGAUGCAGAACAGCGUGGAGAACUGGCCCUCAAGGAUGCACGGGCCAAGCUGGUGGACCUAGAGGACGCCCUGCAGAAGGCCAAGCAGGACAUGGCCCGGCUGCUGCGUGAGUACCAGGAGCUGAUGAACGUCAAGCUGGCCCUGGAUGUGGAGAUCGCCACCUAUCGCAAGCUGCUGGAAGGCGAGGAAUGCAGGCUGAGUGGAGAGGGAGUUUCUCCAGUCAACAUCUCAGCUGUGGUCACUUCCACCGUUUCCAGUGGCUAUGGUGGUGGCAGCGGCAUUGGAGGAGGAAGCCUGGGUCUCGGUGGGGGCAGCAGCUACUCCUUCACCAGCAGUGGCGGGCACAGCCUGGGUGGCUCUGGCUUCAGUGCCAGUAGCAGCCGGGGCCUAGGGGGCAAUGGCUCUAGUGUCAAGUUUGUCUCUACCACGUCCUCCAGCCGGAAGAGCUACAAGCACUGAGCACAGCCACCCCUGCCCUGUUUGCACUCACACCUGGACGCCUGGGUCCUUCACCUUCAUCUCCCCUCCAUAAGUUCCCCCCUGUGGUGUGCAAGCCUGGCCUCCUGGCUAAACCCCACUCCUUGGCCUAAGCCAGCCUCUGCCCUCUGGACAGCUCAUGGCACCUCUCUGUGCUAGAUAUGCAAAACCAAAGCCGGUUGUCUUUUGAGGUUCACAUUCAGCUUCUCUUGCAGAGGCUCAGACAGUCUGGAAUCUCUCCUUUCAGCUCCACCUUCCUCCCUCCCUCCAGAUGCAGAGACGGGGGAAGUCUGUGUCUAUGAAGCCAUCUCAGUGCCAGGUUGUCCCCCGCCCAUCUCACGGUGCUUAUAAGCUGCCUGCUGGGAGUGAGCUUUCUCUCUGUCCCCUCCCUGGAAUGUGUCUAUUAAAUGCAUGUGUAAUGUG